CGCCUUGCUUGCUGUGGAUCGCGCCCUUCCAAGCGACAGCGUGUGCGUUUGUAGCUGCGAACAGCUGACACAAGAUUAGUCAAGUUUCAGUGUUUCUAUCAAGAUAUCAUUUCUUAGGUAUCUCUAGGUAUGGAUAUGGAGAGUGCCAGCUCGGUGGUCCUACAGGCCCUGACCCAGGCCACCAGUCAGGAUACCGCUCUACUGAAGCCUGCUGAGGAGCAGCUACGACAGUGGGAGACACAACCUGGCUUCUAUUCUGUACUGCUGAAUAUCUUCAACAACCACAUGUUGGAUGUUAACGUCCGAUGGCUUGCCGUGCUCUACUUCAAAAACGGCAUCGACAGGUACUGGAGGAGAGUCGCGCCAAAUGCUCUGUCAGAAGAUGAGAAGACGUCGCUGCGAGCUGGCCUGAUCACCAACUUCAACGAGCCCGUCAACCAGAUAGCCACCCAGAUAGCAGUGCUGAUAGCCAAGGUGGCUCGUCUGGACUGUCCCCGCCAGUGGCCAGAGCUGAUACCCAUCCUACUUGAGUCAGUGAAGGGUCAGGAUGGGCUGCAGCAGCACAGGGCUCUACUCACCUUCUACCACGUCACAAAGACCCUGGCCUCCAAGCGCCUGGCCCAGGACAAACGACUGUUUCAAGACCUGGCGUCGGGCAUCUACAGCUUUGCCUGCUCCCUGUGGAGCCACCACACAGACUGCUUCCUCCAGCAAGUCCUAGCCGUGGAACAGGCCCAUGCCCUCAGCUCACUGGAGAGGACUCUACUGUCACUUAAAGUACUUCGGAAGCUGACAGUCCAUGGAUUCCAGGAGCCACAACAGAAUAUGGAAGUCAUGGGCUUCCUCAAUGCAGUUUUUGAGAGACUGAAACAGUUCCUAGAAUGCAGUCGGCAGGUAGACCCAGACAGCCCAUGUCGAGAGAAGCUUGAGAAGACUAUCAUACUGUACACUAAAGUGUUAUUAGAUUUCCUGGAGGUCCACCCGUGUGCGUUCAUCCCACUGAUCCAGCGCUCUCUGGAAUUUGCUGUCAGCUACGUGUUCACGGCGGCCGGUGAGGGCCUCGUCUUCGAGCGCUUCACCGUCCAGUGCAUGAACCUCAUCAAAACCAUCGUCAAGAAUGAGGCCUACAAACCCUGCAAGAACAUCGAGGACAGUAAGCCGGAGAGUCUGGAGGCCCACAAGAUCAAGACGGCAUUCUUCACACACCCCACCCUCACAGAGAUCGGACGGCGUCUCGUCUCCCACUACUUUCUGUUGACCAAGGAAGAGCUGGCCAUGUGGGAGGAGGACCCCGAGGGCUUCGCUGUUGAAGAAACAGGGGGUGACUCCUGGAAAUACAGUCUACGGCCUUGUACAGAAGUGUUGUUCUUGGACAUAUUCCACAACUACAGUCAGACUCUGACACCAGUGCUGCUGGAGAUGGUGCUGAAUCUACAAGGACCAAGCAAUGUGGAGGAUCCUGUUCAGCUUCUGAUGAAAGAUGCAGUGUACAAUGCAGUGGGGCUGGCGGCAUACGAGCUGUUUGACAACAUUGACUUUGACCAGUGGUUCAACAAUCAGCUGCUGGGUGAGCUACAAGUGAGCCACCACAGGUAUAAGCUGAUUCGUCGGCGGGUGAUCUGGCUCAUAGGUCAGUGGAUUUCAGUGAAGUUUAAAUCCGAACUACGGCCGCUGCUCUACGAGGUCAUCCUUAACCUCAUGCAGGACCCAGACCUAGUGGUGCGGAUCGAGACGGCCACAACUCUGAAACUCACUGUCGAUGACUUUGAGUUCCGGACAGAACAGUUCUUACCGUAUCUGGAGUCUAUUUUCAGCCUGCUAUUCCAGCUGUUGCAGCAGGUGACAGAGUGUGACACUAAGAUGCAGGUCCUCCAUGUGAUCUCAUGCGUCAUUGAGAGGGUUAACAUCCAGAUCCGGCCAUAUGUAGGCUGUCUGGUCCAGUACCUGCCACUCCUUUGGAAACAAUCAGAAGAACACAACAUGCUGCGCUGUGCCAUACUCACCACACUGGUUCACCUUGUACAGGGCCUGGGAGCGGAGAGUAAGAACCUGUAUCUCUUCCUGCUUCCUGUGAUCCAGCUGAGUACAGAUGUCUCGCAACCACCGCAUGUCUACCUGCUAGAGGACGGACUGGAGCUGUGGUUGGUAACGUUGGAGAAUAGUCCUGCAAUCACCCCAGAGCUUCUGAGAAUCUUCCAGAACAUGUCGGCUCUCCUGGAGAUGAGCUCAGAGAACCUGAGGACAUGCUUCCAGAUAGUCAACGCCUACAUCUACCUGUCAGCUACUGACUUCCUACAGAACUAUGCUGAGGGCCUGUGCAGAUCCUUCUGUAAUCUACUCAAAGAUAUCACCAACGAAGGACAAGUCCAAGUUCUGAAGGUGGUAGAAGUAGCUCUGAAGGUUAGCCCCGUGUUAGGAGCCCACAUGUUCCAGCCCCUGCUGCCUUCUGUCUUCAGAGGGAUCGUGGAUGGAGAGCGGUACCCGGUGGUGAUGUCCACCUACCUGGGCAUCAUGGGAAGAGUCCUGCUGCAGAACGCUAGUUUCUUCUCCUCUCUCCUCACACAGAUGGCCAGCGAGUACAACCAGGAGAUUGGCCAGUUGUUAGGUGGUGUGAUAGAGAUGUGGGUUGACCGCAUGGACAACAUCACACAGCCGGAGAGGAGGAAACUGUCGUCUCUGGCUCUGCUCUCCCUCUUACCGUCAGACAACAGUGUGGUCCAGGAGAAGUUCUGUGGCAUCAUCAACAUCUGUGUGGAGGCGCUGCAUGACGUGAUGACAGAAGACUCCGACACGGGAACCCUCAAAGACUGUAUGUUGAUGAGCCAUUUCGAGGAACCCAAGCUGACUGACGAUGAGGAGCCUCCCACAGAACAGGACAAGAGGAAGAAACUGUUGGCCCUGGAGGAUCCGGUGCACAGUGUCUCCUUACAGCAGUAUGUGUAUGAGAAGCUGAAGGCCCAGCAGGCUCUGAUGGGGGACCAGGGCUUUGGGGCUCUGAUGGAGACGGUGGACACAGAGAUCGUCAGGCAGCUCCAGGAGUUCCUACAGGGCCUCUGAGAGAGAGGAGAGCCUCUACCUAUCUCUACCCUUUCCCUCCUGUAACCUCAAUGCAUCCAUCUCCAGACCUAUACUAUCUAUCUCUCCUGAUAGGCCUUUGAGCACAGGAGAGAAAAGACCUCAACCUCUGCCCCCUACUAACCAUCUCGGCUGUACCUUAUCCGUAGCCUACCUUUCCUCUCCUCGACCUCCUAUUGGGCACAGAAGAGAGAGAGGACUGCAACAUGUACCUCUGCUACCCAUGUUUACCCAUAAUUCACUUUACCUUUACCCACAACCCCCUCUUCUCUACCAAACCCUACCCUAACUACAACCUACCUAGAACCUUCCUUUACCCACAAAACACUUUUUUUUUUUAAACACACACAGAAACAUGAAUAGAGCUUCCAUUCUAACAGUUAUUCUGCUUCUCUAGUUUUAGCAUGGGGUAAAUACUUAGGAGGAUGUUAAGAGACGGGGGAUUGAGGGAAUAUAACAAUACGACGCAAAGACAACCUUCUGAAGAGGCAGGAGCCUUGGAUUUCUUUUUUACUGGGAAAGCGUGUGUGGCGUGAUGGGAAUAUGGCUUCACUGACCGAAAGACCCAAACAGUGUUUACAGAUCUAUUCUUAAAGGCGAAUAGCAAGCAAAAGUGUACUUUGUAUGUAUGUAUGUAUGUAAAGUAUGGAUGACUCUGCAUGAAGAUAUUUAACUUUUUAGUUUAGCUAGCUAAUUUCUCUUCAUGGUUCUUUGUUCUGUAUUGUUUCUCACACCCUGAGAUCAUCAAGUUGACAGGACUAAUGAGAGAUGCAGACACUGUUUUUGGGGCGUGUAUAUUUUCAUAUCAUCGGACUGAAUUCAAUUAACUGACUGCGAGAUUAAAGCGAUUUUUAACAAGUGA